GAUUUCAUGCAUUGUCAACAACACACAAGUUAUAUAUACAUCUAUUUAUCUAUAUUACAUCUGAAUAUUGUAUACUUAAAAAAUGGCACAAACUUUUUCGUUGUGCUUCGUUCCUUACAUGCUACUUCUCUCGUCUCUUUUCGCUGCCGGAGUAACGACAAUCACCGAGGGGGAACUGCUUUCCUCGAUGAUCGGAGUUCAAGGUCUCAUCUACUGCAAACAAGGAUCUAAGCUUACCCCUCUCCAAGGUGCAGUAGCGAGGGUGACAUGUGAGAGAGCCGAUGAGUACGGUUACGAAGCAGAGGAUGUGACGGUGCUUAGCCAAGCGACGGAUGCGAAGGGUUAUUUCCUGGCGACGCUUUCUUCGUCGGAAGUGAAGGAUUCUUAUAGUAAGAAGGUAAUGAGGAUCAAGGAGUGCAGGGCGUUUCUUGAGCUUUCUCCAUCCGACACGUGUUCUUUUCCAACUGAGAUCAACCGUGGAAUCAGCGGAGCCAUUCUCCAAAAUUAUCGUCUACUAGAAUUCAAGCUUAAGAUGAAGCUCUUCACCGUUGGCCCUUUCGUCUUCUCGCCCGAGGAAACUCACGACAAGUCUAUCCCCAACGGCUACUAAAUAUUAUAUCAAUCCAUCCAUGUUUCCAUUGGCCUAAAUGGGCCGUACGUAAUAGGUGAGCCCGCUAUUAUACCAUGGUUUCAUCCGGGUGUUCAACGUAUCUAUCUAUAAUCUAAGUUUACAAACAUCUUAUAUAUU